AUGUAUAGCAUCUUCAGAUGUGCUAGAACUCGCACUUUCCUUUCACAUCCCACAUACACCAUUACUAGAGCAAUUAGAUCACCAAUUACUACUUCCUCUAUACCUACCCCUAUUAAUUCUCAUUUCACCACCAGCAAAAUGGGGGAUUCACGACCUGUCUUCUUCUUUGAUAUCGAUAAUUGUCUAUAUUCUAAGAGUAAAAAGGUUCACGACCACAUGACCGACUUGAUCGAUGUCUAUUUCAUGAAACAUCUUGAGCUCAGUCGAGAAGAUGCCUAUAAGCUCCAUCAAGAAUACUACCAAACCUAUGGUCUCGCCAUCGAAGGUUUAGUACGUCACCACAAGAUUGAUGCUCUGGAAUACAAUCGUCAAGUAGACGAUGCCGUCCCAUUAGAAAGCAUUCUUUCAGUGGAUCCAAAGCUCCGCAAGCUACUCGAGGAUAUUGAUCGGUCCAAAGUCAAGCUCUGGCUAUUCACCAAUGCUUAUGUUACCCAUGGAAAACGUGUCGUCCGUCUACUCGGGGUAGAAGAUUUAUUUGAGGGUAUGACAUACUGUGAUUACUCUCAGGAAAAAUUGAUUUGCAAACCCUACAAAGAAUCGUUCGAAAAGGCCAUGAGCGAAGCUGGAGUCAAGGAGUUUAAAGAUUGUUAUUUUGUCGAUGACUCGCUCAUAAACUGCGAGGCGGCUUAUAAACUUGGUUGGACAGCAGCUCACUUGGUUGAGGAGGGUGUGAAAUCACCUGCUAAGCCAGUAGCAAAUUUCCAAAUCAGCACUUUGGAAGAACUGAGGACUGUCUACCCACAGUUUUUCACCACUACAUAA